AUUUCGAUUUGACAGUUUUUUUAUAGUUAACACGACUCCUAUCUCAAUUCCUUAAUCUAACUUGCGGCAACAUUUCAUGAAAUAAUUUACAUAGGUAACCAUCAAUCAACGAAUGUAAUAUAUAUAAUAAUAAAUGAAUUUUAAAGGUUAUUUGCUAUUUAGGGGUUAAUGACUACUCUUUCUCCAAUCGUCCAAGUUAUUACUUCUUUAAUAAUAGUCGCAUUCGAGUAAAGCAAAAUUCGACCAACAACGAGCGCUUUUAGCUAAAAACACCGGCGCAUUCCGUCCCCGCAAAAUCGCCACUGCCGCCGUGAGAUUUCCAGCUUCAGUUUUCAAUUGGUGGCUGAGAUUUCUUGUGGCUUCUAGCUGCUUUAAUUUAUCGGCGUGGCGCAACAUUGCCGCGGCCGCCGUGAGAUUUUUUGAUUGAAUUUUUUUGUGGUGGCAGAAAUAUCUUUUUUAUUUUUUUUCAAUCAGCCCGACGAUGGAAACCCUAGGAGCGAAUUCUGCAGCUGAAGAUUCCGGGGCAUUGCAGCACGGGUGCGAGCAUUACAGGAGAAGAUGCAAGCUGAGAGCGCCUUGUUGCGAUCAGAUUUUUACGUGCCGUCACUGUCACAACGAAGCCACGAGUACUUUGAGCAACCCGAAAGAUAGACACGAGAUCGUUCGCCAUGAAGUUAAGCAAGUUGUUUGUGCAAUAUGUAAUACUGAACAACAGGUGUCCAAUCUCUGUUCCAAUUGUGGCGUCAAAUUUGGUGAAUACUUCUGCAACAUAUGCAAAUUCUAUGAUGAUGAUACCAGUAAAGAGCAGUUUCAUUGCAAUGACUGUGGCAUUUGUAGAGUUGGCGGUCGCGAAAACUUCUUUCAUUGCAGCAAGUGUGGAUCUUGCUAUUCUGUUGGUUUACGUAAUAAUCACAAAUGUGUAGAGAACUCAAUGAAGAACCACUGUCCUAUCUGUUAUGAGUUUCUUUUCGACUCAACCCAACAGACUACAAUUAUGAAAUGCGGGCACACAAUGCAUGCAGAGUGUUAUAACGAGUUGUUCAACCAAAACCAGUAUCGUUGUCCAAUCUGUUCCAAGUCGGUGUUCAAUAUGUCUAGUAGUUGGGAAAGAUUAGAUGAGGAGAUUGCAGCGACUGCAAUGCCUGAGGAAUACUGCUAUGAAGUAAGUUCAUCGUCCACUUCUUAAUGACAUUGUCUUAUGUUACAUUGUGUGGAAGAUAAUUGAUAUCAAUCAGGUUGAAAAUCUCUGCAACGAUUGCAACAAUACCAGCAAGACGUUCUUCCACAUAUUUGGCCACAAGUGCCAACACUGUAAUUCCUACAAUACACGCGUGAUAACAAGUGGGGAGAAUCGGCAAACAUAGCUCAGUCACGCCGAGCAUAUUUUUCGCUGGAUUAGCAAAAUUAUUACUUCUUCAUGGGGAUUUUGAUCCAUCGUUGCGAUGUUUACCAA